AUUUAAUUUUGUUGGUUUUGCCCGGAUUUUGAAGGGGUUGAAGAGGAAGCAGGUGAAGAUGGAGGAGUUGGAAAAGUAUUCGGUUGAUCAGUUGAAGGAGUUGAAUGAGAUUAUGAGAAGGGUUUGUUGAAGGAAUUGAAGGAUUCGUUGGCUUUGCCCGCAUUGGAGAAGAUGAAAGAGGGUAAACGCCCGGCUGUUGAAGCUUUAACGACUUACCCAAUUUAUCUACGCGAGGAUGGUUCUUUCGAACCGGUGGACCCUAAAUUCGAAAAAGGAACGACUGUUUUGGGUUUCGUUUGUUGAAGAAGGAAUUAUGAUAGCUGCUGAUCAUUCGGGCAAAUCUGCACCAAAUGUUGUUCAACUGAACUCUGACAUGCUGGUCACAAUAUCUGGAGGGAGUGAAUCUUUGCUCAAACCUCUGCAAGAGAAGUUACUACAAGAACGGAUGAAGGGAAGGAGAUCUACAUUUGCAGAGGUAUCGAGCUGGCUGGCUGAUUCUCUUUCGGGUAUUCCGGAUCGUUUGUCAUUAGGAAUACUGAUCGCCGUGUGGAACGAAUCGGAGCGUGGCCUAUAUCGCAUGAGUGCUGAUGGUACACUGGUUAACGGUGAUACAUUUGCCACUGGAUCUGGCUCAAAUUCGGCUCUUGGCGCGGUGGAAAGUAGUUACAAACGCUCUAAGCCGGGAACUCAAACUGGAUCUCGUUCAGGUGGUAGAGUUGGCCUGAGCUCUGAGUAUGUUCCCUUCUCCUAUACUCUUACUUUAAUUUGUUCCUACUGUUGGGUGCUAUUUUUCCUGUCGAAUUUUUAGAAACAAAGUAAUAUAUGGUUUUUUAAGUAGUAGGCUCAAAAGCGGUACUUUGGUAUCUGAAGUUGCAUACUUGGCAAAAAGGGCUAUAUGCCAGGCUGCAUUAUGGGGAUGUUUGUCAGUGGUAUGUUUUUUGAUCUCUCUGCUGCUGCCUUUCUUGCCUGUUAGUCAUUUUCUAUAUUUAUUUCCUUGAUGUGUGCUUCUUUUCUCUGUUUUUUAAGUGUACCACCUAGGAAGUGAGGGGUGCGUAAAGCUCCAUGAGGAUAAUAUGGAAGAAUGGCAAAGGGCGAACAUUAAAAACCCAAGGAUCAGGUUCGUGGUUAUUGGAAAAGGAUGGUGAUGCAGUGGCUUCUUCGCGGUUUUCUUUGUUGAUUUGCGUUCUUGUGGUUUGAUGUAGCAGCUCCUGUGAAAUCUGUUGACUACAGGUUUGGUGUUUUAGUCAUUUUAUUGCUCUCUUGUAUACCUUAUUAUGUUCUCAGUUUUCUUGAUCUUACCCAGUACUUUUUGGCGGCAAUCUUCUCUACAGAAACCUCUUGUAGUAGAGUUAUGUACUUCCUUUAUGUCAGGCAGUAAGUGGACAAAAUCAGAAGUACUGGUUUCCUUUUUGGUGUAAGCUUGUUGUAGCGUACAAAAUCAUCUAAAUGUUUGAAAAUUACCCUGAAACAUGGCAUAUCUUUGUGGCAGCUCGCAUGUUUGGACAAGAAAGAGAAAUGACUUCUUGUCAGAACACCUAGAUAGUAACAGAAAGAAUGUUCGUUCACCUGGCUUUUUUGUUGUUUUGUUUUCUAAUGAGAUGAGGAGAUGUUGAUAAUGUUGCAUGAAAACAUGGUUACAAGAGUUGAAUGCGUAUAGUUCUUGUUCGUCCUGCUACAAUUUUUAGUUUGUUCAUAACAUCUGCCGCUUGGGACCCAAAAUUAAAAGUUGCGGUGGCCGAGGCUGAAACUUAAAGGAGAAAAAAGAAAAGUAGAGUUCAUCGCGGGGAAGGAAUGAAAGUUUCAGAAAUUGCACUUAAAUCUUUCUCUCUUGAUUUAUUUUAAAAAAUUAGUCAUUGUUUAUUUUAAAAUUUUCAGAAAAGGCUUCGAUAAUUAUAAAGAAUUUUCAAUGUUUCAGACGCAUACUUAUUGGUCCUAACAUAAAUAAAAAAAUUUCCACAAUUUGAACUAUACAAACAAACACAUGAUUUGGACUUACAACCUAGUACAUGCUACAACAUUGCUCUAGCCAAAGAAGGGAUUUGACAUUGGCAUACAUGUCAAUAACGUCUAAAUCAUUGCCGUAGACAUUUGUGUUCAAAUCAAAUCCAAAUCCAUACAACCAGACGGAUUCUGCGGAAAAGCAAACGUGCAAUGUUGUUGCGGAGAAAAACGUUUCAACUGAUUGCUGCCAAAGCUAGCAUCACCAUCAUACUCAUGUUUUAGUAAAGAAAUAAAUGCAGUCAAAACGUCAACUGCAUUGUUAGCUGCCAAUGGAGCAAAACUGUUUGCUUCAUUAGACAUGGAAGAAUCACCACCACCAGCUAGAUCAGAAAUGGCUCUGAUUGUUACAAAAGGGAUCCU